GAAAACGUUCACCAAAUGCUUGUUUCGGCUACUGUUAUCUUAGGCUUUCAUAGAUGGAAUUAUGUGUAUGUGGCUCAAUACCGUCUCCUUCAAUCAUCUAAAGUGAUUAAUUUGAUCUCCUGCAGAGUCCUGACAGAGUUGGUAUCCAAAAUGAAAGAUAUGCAUAUGGAUAAGACAGAGCUCGGCUGCCUGCGAGCGAUCGUCCUCUUCAACCCAGAUGCAAAAGGUCUGUCGAACCCCCCAGAGGUGGAGGGUUUGAGGGAAAAAGUUUACGCCUCAUUGGAGUCGUACACGAAACAGAAAUACCCCGACCAGCCUGGCAGGUUUGCUAAGCUGUUGCUCCGCCUGCCCGCGCUGCGCUCCAUCGGCCUGAAGUGUCUGGAGCAUCUGUUCUUCUUCAAGCUGAUCGGAGACACGCCCAUCGACACCUUCCUGAUGGAGAUGCUGGAGGCGCCGCAUCAGAUCACAUGACACCAGCCCCCCCUCCCCCCCCCCUGUAUAUACUCCCACAUUGUCAGCGAUAUGAAGACAGAAUUUAAAAAGACUUGAUUCAAAUUGUAAAACAGCAUAUUUUGUACCAAGCAGAACAUUGUAAUUAAGACAUUUUUUAAAGUAUUUUGAGGUUGUGGGGAGGAUGGAGUCUUGAGACGGAGGAUCGAGUGCGGUCAAAAUGAAUUCUAAUAGAAUUGUUAACUGAUAUCUCUUUUUGUAAAUAGGUAAUUUCAGGUGUCCGUUGUUAAAAGCAACCCAAUGCAAUUUGAAAAUACGAAUCAUAUUUUAUUCAAAGAGGAAUUGUAUAAAAAAACUGAAACCAUCCACAUUUCUUAAAAGACAUUUGAGAAUUCUUACAGAAUAAAGUUAUUUAAAAAUGU